UACUCUAUAAAAUAUUGUUUUAGUAAUGUUUAUGAAUGAAAUUACUUCAAUUAAUAAGCAAUUUCCAUAGCUUUCUCGUUUCGAUGUACUUUUCAUUUACAAUUAGAGACUAAACUCUACUGCUCUGUCAGUCUAAUGUCGUGCGCACCUCUUUCAGAGCCACUGUUUUUGGCUUCACACUUUCCGUCAUGCGGACUGCAUUAAGGUCAUUUGCUCUCCACCACUCACUUAUUUCAAAACGUGCCUGUUCUAGUUUUGAUCGAAUGGGCUUUUACUGGUCAUUCAAAAUGUAAAACCGUAUUUGCAAAAAUCAGGUUACUGUCUUCUGGAAUUUUAUGUAAGCACCCGGUUUGUUGUACGGGUAUAUGCGUUUGGGCUUAACUGUACAUGCACAGUAAAUGUCAGGUUAUGUUGACUGGAGAAAAAGACCGCUCUAAUCUUGGAUAAUCUGCUUUCCAAACUAUUUUAUUAUCGCGAAGUCUAUUCCACAUCAUUUGUAGAUAAAUGCGGUGUACAAGCGAUAUUCUCCCCAGAGUGUUGAGACGGUAAUUGCUUUAGUGCUGGAAGUCCUCAGUUGGUUUUUGACUUUUAUGGCACCAAGGCGCGUUUGACGCAUUCUUUUGUAAGAUGCCCCCUCCCCCGCCUUCCUCUUGUCCCUUUAGUAGCAAAAAAAAUUCAAUGCAAUACAAAUGGCGAAAGGAAAUGCACAGACGGUUCCCUUUCAUAACCAAGAAAGUUAGAGGAAACGAAAAGAAAACAAAUAUUUAAGAGACAUACACACCAGAAUAAAACAUCCCCUCUCUUUUACAUUUAAGCUUGUUGACUGACCAACCAUAAAUGAACAUAUGUGAUAAUAUAUUCUUUAUUUUGACGGCUCUAAAAUGUAAUUCACUGUAUUAUUAGAUUGAAAUUCAAGACGUCAUAAAGGUCCAAAUAAACACAUCUGCUGCUACACAUGUGGUCUUAAGCAAUGUUAAGCAAAAUACAUAUAUAGCCAUCAUCAAGCAAGGAAUAUUAACAUUUACAUUUUUUACUUACAUUUGUAACAAAGACGCAGUAGAGUUUUAAACGUAAUGCGAAAUUCUCAGAGAUUUUUCACUUGUAUCAUAAAGACAAACUGAGAGAAGUUACAUUAUAAUUCAGCGUUUUGGUUUAAACAAAAGUAUUAAGCCUAUCAGCCUUUAAGUGUCAUGCCAAUGAAGAUAUUUUACCCCGAGUUGUAAACGCUGUUAAUCGUGCGGCUAAUUCAAUAUGGCACGUUCUGGUCCAAUUUAGCACACAUAAAAUUUACAUAUUUCCAUAAUCACACUCACUGCACAAGUUGUUUGUCUGUUUCCCUGACUUACACUAUUCAUUGGUGCAUUGAUUAUAAUAUAUGUAGGUCAUAUCACCAUUUUUAUCGAAGAGAGACGAGAGUGAGCAAGCGAGGGGGCACGAGCGAGCGAGAGAGAAAGAGAGAGAGAGAGAGAGAGAGAGAGAGAGAGAGAGAGAGAGACUGUUUUCCUUAAACAUUAUCAACUGAAACCAGUGGGAUAUGAAGCUACAAGCUACAUAUUCCUCUGUAUACAGCGCUCUCAAUUGGUGGAAACUAGUCAGGUGACGUUGUCAUAUUGUCUUUCCUUGAGCCAAGCCUUGGCUAUAACACUGGGGUUGCGCGUCUUAACCGGAGUCUAGAAAUUAAAAUUAUUGAAAUCCUACUGAACUAAAAAAGAGUUUGCAAAGCAGGAAGGGGACACGCGCGCGAGUGUAUGGGAGAGGAACAUAGACACUUAGGCGCACAGUGAAGAAACGUGAGAGACUGAGCAAGGGGUAUUAAGAAGGGAGGCAGAGUUGAUGAGAGGGCGAUAGGGGAAGGCAUGAAUUCGUAUUUCGCGAACCCGUCACUAUCUUGUCAUUUAUCCGGUGGCCAAGAGGUUUUGCCUAACAUGCCACUAAACACGACCACGUAUGAUCCUGUCAGACAUUUCUCGUCUUACGGCUCCACUGUGACCCAGAACCGGAUUUACGCGUCCCCUUUCUAUUCGCCACAAGACAACGUUGUGUUCGGGUCAAGCCGGGGACCGUACGAGUACGGAUCUAAUGUGUUCCUCCAAGACAAGGAAGUGCUUCCCAGCUGCAGGCAAACUAGCAUGGGAAUCAACGCUCAGAGCCACGUAGCUCAGGAGUACAGCCUGGAACACGGUCGAGGCGUUGCGCAGGAGCAAAAAGGGAACCAGAUCCAGAUCUACCCGUGGAUGCAGCGCAUGAACUCGCACAGCGGAGUUGGGUACGGCUCUGACAGAAGGAGAGGUCGACAGAUUUACUCCCGAUACCAAACCCUGGAGCUAGAAAAGGAGUUCCACUUCAAUCGCUACUUGACCAGACGCAGACGGAUAGAGAUUGCCAAUGCUCUUUGUUUAACAGAGCGCCAAAUUAAAAUUUGGUUCCAGAACCGCCGCAUGAAGUGGAAGAAAGAGACCAACCUGACUUCGACUGUAACUGGGACAGAUUCGACUGGUGCUGCCCAGGGGGAAGAAAAACAGAGCAAUCAGGAGGAGACAGAAGAAGUUAAAAACAAAGACUAAUAGAUUUGUUUUUAUUUGUAAACGCCUGUUAAACUGCAACGUAACUACCUAUAAACUCUCAGAAAUGCAAUUAUAACUGCAUGGACUGUGUAUUCUGCUAUACCUUCACACUCAUUUCCUGAUCAUUAUCACACAAAUACGUGCAGAGAGAGAGAGAGAGAGAGAGAAAGAGAGAGAGAGGUGGUAUGCAGAAUUAUGCUAAUCACUCUUUGUAUUAAGAAUAUGUUUUGCCUCAUUUUAGGCAGUUUAGAUGCAAUAUCACAGACGCUGUUGUUCGGCAACCAGUCUUAAUAGUAUAGUGUUCUUUAUGCUUGUAAAUAGUUACUCUAUGAAACAAACUGUAAACUAAUUGGGUCAAUGGGCUUUCUCGUUGAGUUUGCAAACAAAGUACCAUUACCAUUCCAAAUGUGAAGGAAGUGUAGUCUAUGCACAUGUGUUACUUUGUUCUCGUUCAAUUAGCACCAACACUGGUGGGAUGAUCCAUGCUACCUACGUUCUUAUGGAUUUUAAUAACUUCAUCCCGUCAGUGCGUGGAUGUACAAAACGCCGCUGUACUGGCUAAAUAUUUACUGUUCAGCUAAUUUCAUACCAAUUCAACACACACUUAUAGUCAUGCUUAUAAAGUUGUCUUAAAGUGAAUAAAAACUGCUUUGAAAAUGAAGA